UGCAAAGGAAAUCGACUCUAGAGAAGAAGCUGGUUGUUUCCAUUUCCCUUUGCUUGCUGAUAAUUUUGAGUCUGUUACUUUAAAAAACAAUUCUUUUUUUUGCAUUUAUUCCAAAAUAUGGGAUGGAUCUGAAAUCGAGUGGGAGGAAUUGGGAUUGUAACCGAGGAUGAGGAGAACCAUCUCCAGCAAGAAAUGGAUCGCCGUUGGCAAAGGUUUCAAGGAACACAUUCUCAGUCCAUGGAGGAAUCUUGUUUGUCUAAAGGGUCCUCCGAGGAGGACCUCCGAGAUGGGAAAAGCCGAGCAACGUGGGAAAACCCACAGUGGCUGGACCCUGGAGGAGAACCUGACAGGGAGGAGGCCUCUGAGAGUAGCUCAGUGGUCUUCAUUGAAGAGCAGGGAGACAUUGGAUGUGUGUCUGAUUUAGAGGACGUUGGGGAGAUCUCUGCCCGGAUGGAGGACACCAUAGGGGAGAGCCCCUUUGGGGAAAACACAGAGGUAUUUCUUUAUCCAAAGGGGCCUCUGCCAGGAUAUAAGUUUGCUGUAGAAGAACCUGAGGAAACGGCUUACCAAGGAGAAGGCCGCAAUGAAGCUGAGCUGAUCCUCUGUCCUGAGGCAGCUCUGAGAAGGGAGGAUUCUGAGGAGGAGCAGGGGAAUACCGGGGGCAUUGGUUAUGAGGGUGGAUCCUCCCUUGGCCUUGAAUCUGAGAUGACCCUUGAUCCUGAGGGAUCCAAUGGGGAGGAAUCUGAAGAGGUUCCUUGUUGGGGAGGAGUUGACUUAGAGGACACAGACAUUGGUAGGGAAUCUGAGGCUGUUGUUUACCAAGAUGGUUCUCUGGUAAGGGAGGGAUCCAGUGGGGAGGAGCAUGAAGAGAUCCGGUCUCAGCAGGGCUCCCUUUCUGGGGUUGGAUCGGAUGAAGAGGCAUUUGGUGGGUGGGCCAUACCUCUGGAGGAACUGGCUGUAGAGCAACGGCCUUCCAAGCCGCGCCACAUCUGCAGUGAAUGUGGCCGCAGCUUGGCCAGCCAUUCGGCCCUUGUCCGUCAUUGCCUUAUCCACACCGGAGAGCUCCCUUACGCUUGCACAGAGUGUGGGCGCCGCUUCCGACAGUCCUCGGCCCUUGUCCGCCACCUUCGGGCCCAUCGGGGUGAGCGCCCGUAUGUUUGCGGUGAGUGUGGCAAAGCGUUUGGGGUCAGGUCGGCGCUGGUUCGCCACCAGCGGGCUCUGCAUACAAGUGAGAGGCCCUACGUUUGCGGGGAGUGCGGUAAGGCCUAUGCAGACCUUUCUGUCCUGACAAAACACCAGUUGAUCCACAUAAAUGGGCGGCCAUUUUCCUGUCCCGACUGCGGCCAGUCGUUUGGCCAUCGCACCACCUUGAAUCAACACCGGCGCAUCCACACGGAGGAGCGGCCAUACCGUUGCACGGAAUGUGGACAAACCUUCCGGCAGAACUCUGCUCUGGCCAAUCACCGGCAAGUCCAUUCGGGACAGCGCCCUUUUUCUUGCCAAUAUUGCAGUAAAGCCUUUGCUGGCAGGCCUACUCUCGUCCAACAUCUCCGGACCCACACAGGGGAAAAGCCAUACAGUUGCCCAGACUGCGGCCGUCAGUUCAGCACCAGCUCCAACCUCCUGCAGCACCGGAGGAACCACCUUGGCGAGCGCCCUUUUGCCUGUUCCCUGUGCGGUCGGUGCUUUGCCCGGCGGCCAGACUUGGCUCGCCAUUAUGUCACCCAUGCAGAAGGCAGCGUCAGGCCUCACCGCUGUGCGGAGUGUGGGAAGCGCUUUGUGGAGCUGGCUGACCUCGAGCAGCACCAAGCAACGCAUCGCGGGGAGCGGCCCUAUGUCUGCAGCUACUGUGGCAAAUCCUUCAUGGAAGCUACCACGCUGGCCCGGCACCGGCGGUCGCACCUUCCCACGACUCAGCAGGCCUACAAGUGUGAGGAGUGUGGGCAGACCUUUGGGCAGAGUUCUGACCUCCUGGCCCAUGGGCGGGUCCAUAGUGGGGAGCGCCCCUAUUCCUGUGCAGACUGCGGCAAGGCCUUCGGGCGCAGCUCCAAUCUGUCUCGCCACCGGCGUGUGCACACCCACGAGCGUCCGUACGUCUGCGGGGACUGCGGGAAGAGUUACACCCAGAGCACCCAUCUCAUGGAGCACCAGAGGCAGCACACUGGUGAGCGGCCCUAUGAGUGUGUGGACUGUGGGCGGUCCUUUGGCAAGAAGGGACACCUGGACUCGCACCAUCGUGUGCAUUGCAUCUUGCCUGGACCCCACAAAGGGGCUGAUGCGCCCCUUGCAGCACAUGCUGAUUCGAGCAGUCCGCAGGGCAUAUGAAGGAAUCUGGCAGGGAUGGGAGGUUGGGGUGGUGGUGGUGGGCAAGCGGUCAGAGCAAGCUUUGAAUUUUAGAAUGGCUUAGCCCCAUCACUGCUUCUGAUUGCCACAGUUCUUUCCUAAUGAUAAUGAACAUGUGCAGAGUUCCUUUACAGCGAGGGGCCCACCACCAUGUAUCCCUGCAACCAGCUCCCGUGUGUCUGGGAUUAUAGGAGAGGGUAUGAUUGGGUGGAGGCAGGCAGGUGUGAACCCCUGCACCUUUCGGGUUAGCAAUUUCAUGCGCUGGGUAAAAGUUUUUGGAAGUGGCCAAUGUUAAAUGUUUGGUGAUGGCAUGAUAGGCUGUUGGUCAAAAAGGACAGGUAUGGGAUUGAAUGGCCUUCCCUCAACUUGGUGCCCUUCAGAUGUUUUGAACUGCAACUCCCACUCUCAUCUACAGGGGAACUCCAGCCCAGGGGUCAAAUGUGGCCCUCCGUGUCUCUGUCUGGCCCUUGGAACUCUCCUCAGCCACACCCCUUCUCCCCAGGCCACGCUCCUUAUUGGCCCUGCUCAGUGCCCUCUUUGAGUGUUUUUGCUUGGUUUGAAUGUGUCCUUGCACUCUGAUAAUGUUUCUCGCUUGCCUGGGUGUAGGAUAGAAAGGGAUUUGCUAGUGUCUGUAUAGUAGCCUUCUCUAUAAAGGUAAAAUGUAUAUUUGUUGCCCCACUCACUUUUCCCUCUGGCCCCACCCACUGCUGGCAUGUAUCCCUUGGAAGGCUACCCAUAAGGGAAUGUGCCUCUUGGGGUUGAAAUAAUGUUCCAUGUCCUCGAUCCUUAUCCUUGGCCAUGCUGGAUGGGGUUGAUGGGAAUUGGGAGUCCAAAAUAUCUGAAGGGCACUUGGUCGGGGAACACUGUAUUAGAAUUUUGGGGUGGCCCAGUGGAAUCAAUUGGCAAUAGAUUUGGGAGAAAUGAAAAGCAGUAAGGUACACGCCUUUAAUGUAUGGAACGGGCUGGCUGGGGCUGAUGGGACUUGUAGCACCAGGCCAGGUUGGGAAAGGCUGGGCUGGAACAGAGGAGUCUAAAUUCCCAGUAUCGCCCACUUCUUCCUUCCAGAUCUGGGAUGCAGACACAGUAGUCCUGGGCUUGUGACUCCUAACUGCAACUAUAGCCACCAAAUUCCACUCACCUCCCUGUAGGAGGAAAGUCAACCCUCCUGGAUUCUGUUCUGCUCUUUUUCAGUUCCGACUUCUUGAGCCCCAUUUUUCCCUUUCCAAAAUGCAGAGAGAAACCAGCAGUCCCGUCUCCUGUUACUACCUUUUGAGAUGUUUAAAUAUUAUCCCCAUAUCAUCAUGUCAGAAUCCCAGAACCCUCCCUGUCCCCCUCAGCCAUUGGAAUCCAAGCUCUGUCCCAAGAAGGUCGGCCCAGAUUAACUCCGGGGAAAUCAAGUUUAAAAAAACUGGGCUGCAGAACAGUUUAGCACUGUGAUGUCCUCAAGAACUGCACUGCCUCACAACUGUUGAGCUGACAUGCUUUUCUUUGGUUCUGCAAAUAGCAUAAAAUAAUCUCCCCAUUCGUAUAUUCAGUAAGAGGCUGAGAAUGUCUGUGUAUAUGUUAACGUGUGAGAUUUAUUUCAUAUAUAUAUUCACAUCAAACAGAAGUAUUGAUUUUUCUUUACAUGGUAAGUAAAUAAUUAAAGGUUUCCUGUGAGCUCGAAGCUUGCAUCCAAUGAGGAUGACAUUACGUCCCUUUUCCCCCCAAUCAGCAUUUGCUGGGAGGGUGGCUAAUUCUGCUUCAUGUCAUUCAAUCACUCCCACUGCAAAGGCUCAACCAGCGAUGCAGUUAGGUUAUUUUAGAGUCUGGAUGUAAACUGUCUUGCACCCCACCCUCACCCCUUUUUAAACAGUAAUGUCUAUUACUUCAUUUACCUUUACAAAAAUAAAGUAAGCUGGGCCUGCUGCAUUUGGGGGCCCUCCUACCCGUUCUGCUGAGUAAGACCCUAGAUUUCUGCCUGAAAGUCUUGGGCCCAAUGGCAGCGUUAUCUGCCCUCAGAAGAGAGGUUGUGUUGUGUUCCUGCAUGAGUUGCUAUUCU